UGCGACAUGCGAAUGGUGUUGUGUUACACCGCUGACGAAUGCAGGUUGGGUCAGCGCAGCCGCUCGUGUACAAGGUCAUUUUGCUGUUUAUUGAGACGCUCAUCGUCUGCCAAAUGGAAAUUUACCAGCUGGGCGUCCAGGCCGAAGCAGCGGCAGCGCAACAAGCUCCCGCAGUAGAAGCGUCGCCGCAGACGGCACCAGACGAGGCGUCCCCUCUACAACGGCCGAACGCCGCCACGUCCGACGGCACCGUUGUGGCCGUGGAGGGCGCGUACCAGGCGCCCCCGGGGACCAUGAUGCUCCUUGUCGUUCCCGUGCAGCCGCCCGAAGCGGAGGACCAGCAGCAACACUCGGCGCAGUCCAUGCAGCCCCUGACCGCGGGCGCCAAGCAUCGACCCGCGCCGGCGGCCUCGAAGGCAACCGACGCGUCGUCGUCUGCUGGCACACGCGUCUGAAUCACUGGCGCCGUGCACGGUGUACAUUACUUAACUAUAUGCAAUCUCGCUGGCGCAGCCAAUCGAAAAUUUUUGGCAUGCGCUACCGUCACCUUCAGUGAAGUUCCUUAUAUGCUUUUUAUUCUUAAGAGUGCAUUUGUGAAUUAUAGAAUUGUCAUUGCGAAUGAAA